AAGCAAUUGAGCAAUUUGUCGAGUUUGGAAUCCGGCGCGUGGCAUCAUGGCGGCACCGGUACAGAACACAGUGAAUAAUCAAGAGAAGGUGAUAUGAACCGAAGCCAAGGGUUAACUUGAGGCAAAUGAAACGGCCCUCUGUACCCGGCACUUUGAUGACUACAGCAUGAAGAACACCAAGAUGGCGAAACAGAUCAACAAGUUUUUGCUGAAAAAUUUACACCAGAAGAAAAAAUUUUCCGCCUACGGAUUCUUCGAUAUCGACAACAGUGUGAUCUAUACGGUAUUCAGCUCCAUCAUCACCUAUCUGGUGAUACUGAUACAAUUCAAGCAGCUGGAGACCGAUUUAACGCAGGGCGGCGCCAAUAACAACGGAAAUGCGAACGUCACCAGCAGCGGCAACAAUGGUUCAUAAUUGCGAAAUCGAGCAAAAGAUUUAUGGCGCGAAAAAAAACAACCGCCAAAAAUAAAGCAAAGUCAACAGGCAAAACCGGCAAAACACAUCACGUGCUCUACACAUGUGCGUAAUCAGUGUUCCCAGUUGAGGGAGAGUAUAUGUAGAGCAUUGUAUGUAGGAACUUAGUAAAUAUCUCUAUCAACAUACUAGAUGGGAGAUAAAAUCGCGUGAUACUGAGUCUAAUUUGAAGAAAGCAACAACAAUUACAUAUAUGACGGAGAAACGUUUUUGAAUGACACAUGACAAAAGUUUUGUUAUUUCAUGAUAGGAAAAGAACACCAAAAGCUUUAAGUAUCAAAAAUCAAUAACAAAUAAAUGAAAAGUAAUAUUGAGGAACUGUUAUAAUAUUUAUUUUUGUUUCAUAAGUAACUUGCAUUUAAAAAAAUUUAAAGUAAUACCUAGACAUUUGUAGAUUUAUAAAAGUAAACAACUCAACAAAUCCCUGCAAUAAAGUGUUUCUUUUUCAAGUAAGAAGAGGUGUGAUGGACCCAAACAUUUGAGAACCUAAAACAUUGUGCUCACAAAGUAAUAAAAACAAAGCUAUUUUGGGAAAACCGAAAAAACGUGCCGGUGUCUCAUGUGAAAACGAAUAAAUUAAUAGCAAUCAUUGAAAGCUUACAAGGGAUGCCGGUACCAGACGUUGAUAAGAAAAACGCGAUAAGAGUAGUGCCUUUUUACACCAAUUAUCAUUUUAAAAAAAAACAACAAAAAGAUGAAAUAUUUCCAAGAAUACAAGUACUUUCAUUUUCAAAGGAUUCAUAAAAUUCGAAAGAGUAAGAAAGGCACAAAAUUUCUUAAGUUCAUUAAAAAAAACUUUAUUUCAAAACUUUAGAAAAAGCGCGACCGCUCCGAUCCAUCCCGGUUCAAAGAAAUCAGUAAAUGAAAACAAACCGCUCUGUUAGGCUGAUUUUGAGUCGUAAAUCAAACAAUUUUCACCCUCAUACAAAACUGUAACUGUAAGUUCAGCACCUCCAGAGCCUUAUCAGCACCCAAGAGACAAGUCUAAAUAAACACAAACCGGACAAAUAGUGUCUUGACACCAUCGUCGAGUCCAGACUAGAGCUCCUAGAGCUCAGAUGCUGCUGGAAGAUUACGUUAGGAUUAUAUUAGUUUAGUUGCAGGAACUUACCGUAUCUACAAUGUUAGAUGCACCGAGCGCUUUGUUCACGUAGUAUCGACGCCAUUUUUUGUACUCUGCCUUGAUAACGUUACAUUUGCGUUUCCAAUAUUUUCCUUCGAGUAAGAUUGCCUGUUCAUAAGAUCCAAGACAGUUAUAUUAAGUAUUGUUUUAUUUUAAUUUUAAAAUAAAAUUAAUUGUAUAGAUAGGAUUAAGGUGUACCCUCUGAAUAAUCAGAAAAAACUCACCUGAGGUGUAUUGUGUAUAUCUACGUCUAAUGGAGAUGCGAAUUGGCAGACUAGAAUUCUCCUUUUCAUGAUAACUGAAAAAUAGAGGGAAAAAU